CUCAGAUUUGGGGAAACGGGCAAGAAAUUGAGUGGAUAAUAUCGGUGAUGAUGACAGGAUUGAUUGCUGGUUUAUCGUGGCGGGAUUCGGGAUUUUAGUUUUUUUUGUGGAACCUGAGGUUGUGAUGGAACAACAUUUUUGAAGAAAUGAAGGCAAAAUGUAAUUUGGGCGGUUGACCACCUUUAAUGAUAUGCAGACAAAAAAUGUCAAUAUCGACAGGGUUCCAAAUACCAAUGACACAGGUGAUACCACAGUGACAACAUGGACAGAGAAAUCUACAUAUUUCAUUCAACGGCAAGAUGGUAAUUUCCAGAUCGCGGAUAUUUCGAAUGGAAGUGAAGGUUUCCAACAGCAAUACGAUGUUCCUCCUCUACCACCAAGGUCUUCAGCCAUCAUCUUCACAGCGCCUAGCUCUCUGUUCCCAAAGACGAAAGUCGAGGUGGAUGGCUAUGGGCCGUACAAGCCGGUCCCUCCCCCCAAGCCGCUCCCCCAACAGCCGGCGCCUCAGGAAGCGCAGCUGCCGGGCCGCGUCACCCCCCCGCCCUACAGGAUGCCCCCCUACCCCCUGUUCGGGGAGCUGAACGUGCCCGGCGCCGCCGCUGUGCUAGACCGCCCCGACGCUGCUUCCAGCCCUGCCGCACAGGGGUUGCGAACGCACUCCAACAAGUUUCCGAUCGAGAGGGAGGUCAUCUUGUCCAGCACGGAUAAGAACUCCAAGAUUCCCAUUCUUCACGAGUACAAAAAAAGAAGCAAAGGGGCAGUAGCCCCUGACGUACCCCCCAAACAAAUGGCCGCCUGGACACAGAGCCAAAUGCAGAGUCAUCAGAUUCUACCAGACCAGACCCACUCUGGUCUGAUCCAGACCAUCCAGCAAUCCGUAGACCCCAAUGGCCCCGCUUACCGCCCCAACUAUCACCCCCAUCCGGAAUUCUACAACGGCCAACCCCCCGUCCCCACAGGAGCAGUUCCCAGGACCCCCUGGCACCAAAACGCCGACCCCACCAAAGCCCCACCGCGCCCCCUCCAACCUGGCGAAGAUUACGCCACCUACACCGCCGGACCUAACACCAAUUCCCCGAUGGUUACCGUGCAGAUAGACCGAGACGAUAGGAACGCGCUCAAGGAGAAGAACAAGACGAUGGCCAAGACAUACAACACCAUCAAGGAUAUUUUGUCCAGCAGAUUCAAGAGCAGCAAAGAUGGAGAUGAUAAGAGCGAGGAGGGGUUGAAUAAUGUGGCGGAGGAGUUGAGAAAGUCGCAAGGGAACGUAGCGGAGCAUUUGAGCGAGCACCAAGUACCUUAUACGAAACCACAAUCUCUCACCCAGCAACAGUAUCACCAACACCUCGUGCAGCAACAGCUGAUCGUCCAACAGCAGCAGUAUCAGCAGCAACAGCAGUUUCAUCACCAACAGCAACAGCAGCAACUGAAGAACCAACAGAUGGUGCAGGCAAGGUCUCAGGAGAUGUUGAAUCAGCACCAAGAGGUCGAGCAGCUCUACUACCAGGGUGGUUAUGUUGCUACGCCAUCACGAGGAAGUGGUCAGAGGUUCACCCAAGCUGGGGUAAGGGAGGCAGGAUAUGUGGGAGUACAGCAGCACAGUUUACAGGCUGACCAAGCUAGAUCUCAGCUGGCUUCGGAACGUCGGAGUGCUCAGCAACUGGAGAGAGACAGCCUUAGACAAAGAAGCUUUGAGGCAAGGAGAGCAGCUUCCCAACCUCAGUUGGCCUAUGAUGAUGAUGCUGAAAGUGGGCUUCAGAAUGGUAGACCUCAGGCUCAAUUGGCUGUUCCAGUGAGGAGAGGGUCAUACGGAAAUAUCAUGGAACCUCAGGUGGUUCAAGAUACAGAAAAAGAUAGCGAUGACGGAGGUUUUCUGAAAAGGAAAGGCUCCCAGGAACGCAGGCUGGACACUCCACAAGAUAGAAGACUUGAAUCGACUGUCCCUUCAAAGGACAGCAAUGCCCUUACUGACAGUACUGUCUCUGAUGUAAAAAAAGACAGCUCAGAAAGUACCAUAGAUGAACAAAAAGUCAACGAAGGAUUGCAAGGAACACCUAGAAUGAGACUAGAAGGAGAAAUAGGCAAGAUAGAAGGUGUCUACAAUGUGGGCCAAAGAACAGUAAAGCCAGAGGAAGAUCCAAAAGCUGGAAAGAAAAUAAACCCUAGUUCGUCUAGCUCCGACUACGACAAAACUGGUGGGCAAUCUUCGUCUAAUAUCGAUUCUGGAAGAGGCAGUGCAGCUUACAGUAGUGGAAGAAGACCUGGAGGAAUGGAUUUGAACAGUGAUCAGUACGAUUCUUGUCAAAUCAACGCCAGAGGAAAAUACAGAGAUGUUCAUACAAAUGGUCAUGAUAGUGAAUGGGUGGACAUAGUCGAGAACGAGUUGAGGCAUAUCCUGGAACCCAAGCUUCAUGAGCUGUCUCUGCAAGGAACAACUCCUGGAAAAGCCCAUUCUACCAUCAGCGAUAGCAUUUCCUCAAUGACCCCUCCCCUACCUCCUCUUUCCCCUGGAGAUCAGUCUUCCCCUAAUACCACACCAAGAAACUCGGCCAGAUACAAACAUAGCAGCUUACCCUGUGGAAGCAGACCAGACUAUGACGUGUACAAGUCGAAAAAUCACCCUAGGAAUCUUGUAGGGGAUGCAAGAUGGGCUAACAGUACUUCACAGAAGCACAGAACCCAAAAGAAGAUGGACCACAAUGCUAUACUGAGAGGAAAACAAAUUUUUGGUCUGGAUACCACCGACAUAACCUCGACCACCACCAGAUCGAUGGACCUGGAAUCUAUCUUGGACAACCAGAGCGACUCUGAUGGUGACCUCAGCACUCAGGACGCCAGGACUAUCAGGAAACAGCUCGAGGGCCUCGAGACAAUGUAUUCGGAGGUUCUGAAGCUGUUGGGCGUCAAGAAACACCCGGGGAGAUAUCAACCCUCCGAUCCGAGGUUCACCAAGCGUCGCUAUGGAAGCAUGUCUUCGCUUCCCUCCAGUUCAGUGAGCAGUCGACCAAUCAGGGACAAGAGACGGGCUAGCGAGGAUCGGAAGAAGGUGAGAGAUAUAAGAGGCAUCAACAAGAGGUUCCAGAGGCUGGAGAGUCACGUGGUGACGCUAGCCAGGUCCGUCGCUCAUCUGUCUUCAGAGAUGCGCACGCAGCAUAUCAUGAUACAGGAGAUGGAAAACAUACGGGGGGAGAUAGCAGCGCUGAGGACACAGACGAACAUGUUGAAUGUUCGCGCUCAGUCCACCGCCAGGCCUAUAAGUUCUAGGGAACUGCCCGUACUAGCCAAUCCGACGAGGGUGAAAAAGCUGACGAAGUUUUUUGGAGAUGAGCCGCCAUUGUUGAGACUGUUUUUGAGGAAACUGGGUUAUGAGAAAUACGCAACAAUUUUUGAGACCGAGAGAGUGGGUAUGGUGGAAUUACCAUACAUGACUGAGGACAGGUUACUGAAGAUGGGGGUUCCAUUGGGACCAAGACUGAGGAUUAUGCAGGAGGCGCAGAUAUCUGUUUGCAAAGACAAUACACUGUGUAUAGUGUAGAAAGGAAUGUUGGGUUAGAACAUCUUGUGUUAUAUGUUUGCUCUUGAAAAUGGCGGCUAAGCUUUAGUUAGGUUAUAUAAGUACUCGUUCGUUCUGUAAAUUAUUUUUAGCGAUAAAUUAUAUAUAAAUAGAUAGUGACACAUUCCCUCUUUGACAAAGUUUGAUUUACUCAAUGUUUUUGCACUUAGAUUUUUAGGAUUUUAGCUAGAGUUUGUUAAGUAAAUUAUAGACUAUUUUAUAUUUUUUUAUUUGUAUGUGGAGGAUGGAUAGUGAAUAUGUACGUACUGCAUAAGCUUUUCUCUGAAAGUGUUGAAGAUUUGCCAAUAAUACCAAAGACUCACUUCUUUGCACUUAUAUGUACUAGGUACUCAAUUUUUGUAAUAGAUGUCUGAAGAAAUAACAUAAUAAAAAAU